AUGUUAACUACUGCAGUUGAUUGUGUUCGAUUUUUAUUACAUCAAGGAUUAUCAUUUCGUGGGCAUGAUGAGUCAUCCAGAUCAACGAAUCGAGGGAAUUAUUUAGAGCUUCUUGAUUUCCUUGCAAAUCAUAAUGAUAAAAUUAAGAAAGUUUUAUCCAUACAUUCAAGCUCAAAUUUGAAGUUAUCUUCACCGAAGGUUCAGAAAGAAAUUUGUUCAGCUACAGUUGCAGAAACUUUGAUAUCAAUCAUGAAAGAUAUUGGUGACUCUUACUAUGCCGUUUUGGUUGAUGAAUCUCGUGAUGUUUCCACGAAGGAACAACUAGCUAUUGCAGUGAGAUAUGUGGAUAAUUUAGGGCAAGUUGUUGAAAGGUUUAUUGGCAUUAAACAUGUCACAUCGACUAAUGCAAUUUCCUUAAAAGCAGCUAUAGAAGAUAUACUUGCUAAACACUCAUUGAGCAUACAUAGAAUUCGAGGUCAAAGAUAUGACGUAGCAUCUAAUAUGCGUGGGGAGUUUCAUGGUUUGAAGGCCUUAAUACUUAAUGAUAACCCCCAUGCAUUCUAUGUUCAUUGCUUUGCUCAUCAGCUUCAACUAUGCUUAGUUGCUGUAGCUAAAAACCAUUGGUAUGCAAAGCAUAUUUUUGAGAUCACUUCAAGGAUUGUCAAUACUGUUGGAGCUUCAUAUAUGAGGAGUGAUGCUCUUAGAACAAUUCAACAUGAUAAAAUAUUAUUUCAUUUAUCUAAAGGGGAGUUGAGCAGUGGUAGAGGAUUGAACCAAGAGACAAGCUUACAAUGA